ACCCUCGGUCCCAGCUGGAUAUGUUUAUGUAUAUAGUACUGGUAGAGCUUGCAAAUGUGACGUCUGACAACCUUAUCAGAUUACUUGAUUUCGUCCAAAGAACCAGAGUUGAGAGAAUGACCGGAUAUAUAUCUCUGUACAGGGAUUUGGGUAUCCUGGAUACAGACAGCAAUUACUUCUCGGCAGAGGAGAGAGGGGAAAGCAGUCUCAGUUUCUCAAAACAAAGUAAAUCAACCGGAAGUAGAGACUCUCUUCUUGAAUCAGGGAUGGAAGAUUCUGGAACUGUUAGAAGAACUAGAAAAAAAGUAUCCUGCUCCUACUCCUGUGAUUCAGCCUACAGUUCAGAUUGGAGGAAAAUAUCCAGUCAAUCAGACUCAUCCGAUUCAUAUUCAAAAACAUUAGAUAGAACCACGCUUAGAUCUGAUUGGAGACCAACGACCCUCUCCUCAAAUCAUAACCAAUCGGCGAGUUCUGAUUGGUUGCAGCAAAAUUUACAGUCUCAUGAUUGGUCAAGAGAGCGAACUCUAAGCACAGAAUGUGAACGGUUGGAUAAAAAAGACUCGCUUAAGUCAAAUUAUCAAAGAACUAAUGAAGUGAAAAAUGUCGGACAAAAACACAAUAACUUCGGUUCAAGGGAAGCUUUCAAUAGCUUGGGAGGACGGGAUGGGUUGGAUAGCUUCGGUAGCUCCGGGAGCUGGGAGGAGAGCUCCAGAAAGAGGUUUGAACUGCUCUCCACGGACUCCGUGGAGAAGCUGAACUUGCCUCCUCCCCUGAAGGCAACCAUCUACUCUCCAUCCAGGCCUGAGUCCCCUCCUUUAGGCUUCACUACGCAGGUUAGCCAGCUGAGAGAGGCUAUUUCUUUCCUGCCAAAUGUGACCAAAAAAUCCGCCAGAUUGUCAGCUGGGUCCCGACCCGUACCGUCAACAGUAGGGCAGAAUAAACCAAGGACGGGUCCAGCACGGACUGUAUCAACAGUUUUGUCCCCUACAGCACCCGCUGUUCAUCUUCACAUGAAUCCGGCGAAUUCUAUCGGAAAGCCUUGUCCAGGAUAUAUUGCUGGGACAAUUAGAUCAUCUUUAAUUAUCAAAACUAAAGAGUAAAAUCUUUAAAGUUAAUAAUAGAUGUACAAGUACAGUACAGUAGUACCUAGUACGUAGUGUACAACUCAGUGAAACAUAUAUAUAUCGGUAUACCUACAAAUACAACGACUUUGGAAGAACGCAAAGUUGGUUAAAAUUCGCACAUCAGGAAUUGGCCAAAUGCUCCUUCUAAACUGAAGCUAUAGAAGAAAGCGCUUUGCGAUGUUUAAAUCUGUAUGUACAUGGCAAAAUAAACAGGAAAGGUCAAGCCAAACAUACAAUCCUGUAAUCAUAAGUUUUGGGUUCUAAGCUUGAAGAAGGUGAUAUAUUUUAAUCUUAUAAUUAAUUAAUUUUAAGUGAUAGUUUUCUGAAUAAUAAUGUUUUUAUCCAUUUGUACAGUGAUAACCAGAAAACAAUGGAAUAAGAAGAAAUUGCCGCAAUACUUAACUGUAGUUGAUGUUGUUUUACUAGACACUAAUUUUUUUCGGUACUCCAUUGCCCAAAAAAAUCCACAAAACUUUUGUUCUCUUAAAAUCAUAAGUUCAGAAAAGCAAAAAUUUGUAAAUAUUUAUUGUUUCUAUCAAAUUCUAAAAUUUUAUAAAUAUUGAAUU